AAACGACCUGACCACAAAUGAUGACUUAUCACGUGGAAAUGUAUUGCAGCCAACUACUCUAAACACGUGAUGUUGAUUGUAAAUGUGGAGGGAAAGAACCGGAAGAUCCGGAGAAAGAUCCACGCGAUCACGGAGAAAGAGUGAGAUGCAAACUUUAAAUAUAAAGCAGGCGUCAGGAUUGGGAUCAACCCACCACCACCUGUAUACCUGACGACGGAGAUAACAUAUUGCCACCAACUUGCUGUAGGAGGAUGAGGUCAUCUCUCAACACUAAUCUCUAGAAUGAACGACCGCAGCUGAGCCUCACCGAUUUAUAUUCAGUUCAAGUUCAUUUAUUAGGUAUAGCCCUGUGAGCCAUUCGGCUCUUGAAUCGGGUGCAACCGCAACAAACAAAAAACAAAAACAUGAACAAGAAAACAUCUUAAAGUUAAUAUGUGACUAAGUGCAAACAGAAAAUCGAAGGAAAGACAGCAAAAAAUUGCAGAAAAAACACCGUACACCAACGCUGUGUGCAAAAAUCCCAGUGGGAUGCAAGUCAAACAACAACAACAACCACCAGACAACUUAGAUUAAGGCCAACAGUCUAACUCCGUACUACAACAAACAAACUAGGCUAAACCAAUAAACUUUUCGAAAUCACCAAAAUAAGGCCAUGAAAGCAAUGAAACAGUGAUCAUAGGAACUGUGACGGAAUUUUCACAAUAAAUGACAAACAUGUACUACCAAAACCCUGCAGCCAUAGCUGGCUGCAUUAGUCACUCAUAUUAACAACACCACUAAUUUAUUUAAAUGUCAAGGUGUGUACAGAAGCCGUGUUCACCUUGAGGCUGUUGUUUGGGCACCAAAGGCGCGGGUUCACACUCCAGGGAGUGUCUCGUGAUGUCAGUGACGACAAUGAAAAUAUUGAAAGUAUUUUACUUCCUUCUUCACCAUCGCUAUAAGAGAUUGAUCCUGGUCCAGCGUCUCUCUGAGCCACACAGCGAGUGAUCCCAGUGAAAUCAUGGGUCAUGGCGAGCGCGACUCCCAGUGAGAGUGUGGAUAGUGAGCUGCGCUGCUCCAUCUGCCUGGGCACGUUCGUCUGUCCCUCCACGCUGAGCUGCGGACACUCGUUCUGCCUCCGGUGCCUGGAGGCCGCCUGGGAGACAGCGAUCAGCUUCAGCUGUCCGCAGUGCCGAGCCACCUUCCCUGUGCGACCCCUGCUGAGGAAGAACGUGGCCCUCGCCAACUUGGCGGAGCAGCUCCGAGUUGGAGACGGGAUGGCCACGGCAGUCGUGUGUGACAUCUGCGGUGAUGGCCACACUCCUGCAGUGAAUACCUGCCUGAGAUGCGAGACGUCGUACUGUGCGACGCACUUGAAGCCUCACUUGGAGAAUCCCAGGUUUAAAGAACACCAAUUGUGCCGGAAGCUGUCAUUCUCUAAAAGGCACGUGAAGCCUCACGAGGAUAAUCCCAGGUUGAGAGACCAUGCCGUGGUGGAUCCCACUGCGAGCUUGGAUGAGCGAAGAUGCCCUGAACACAGUGAGGAGCUGAAAUUCUACUGCACAGUAGACAGCAGCCUGGUCUGCUUAAUUUGCACCAUCACAGGUGAACACAAAGGACAUGAUGUCACCAUGCUGAAGAAGGAGCACGAGAUACGGAAGACGCGCGUUGGGUAUGAGACGCAAGCGGUGGAGGAGAAGAUGAAGGAGGCGGAGAAGUCCGUGAAGCGGAUGGAGGCCACUCACAAGGAGGCGCAGCAAUCGGUGGCCGGGAUCAGGGGUCGCAUCACGGGCAAGUUCGCCUGCCUAAGGAAGGCUCUGGACGAGGACGAGAGGGAGGCUCUACGUCGUGUGGCCGUGAAGGAGCGCGAGCUGCUGUCCCGGAUCGAGGAGGACAUCGCUCGUCACAAGCGGCAGAUCGGCGAGCUCCAGGCGGCGGCCGUUCGCCUGCGCGCUCUGGAGCACGAGAACGACUCGCUCGCCUUCCUGCAGGGGCACCUGGAGGAGACGCGCAGUGAUGUGGUACAGGAGGACGUGGAGCUGAGUCGACUUGCCGAUGACUGGUACCAGCCGUGUCAAGAUCGGCCUCUGUGGAGGAGCCUCCUGAAGGACGCUACUGGGCAGUUGGAGGCAGUCGCCCUCCAACAACAACGGAGGGCAGAGGAGCGACGCUCACAACAACGAGCGGAGCGCCGGAUGGCUAAAGCACAGAGAGAGAUCCCAAUGGAAUCUGCACCCCCACCUCCCACUUCACUGGACGCCACCACGAUCCGCUCCCUUGAAAGGGUCGUGAACAGAUUCCUGCCUCUCGUCUGUAAAGAACACACUGAACCAUGUUCCUCUUUUUUCGGGAGCGACCUGACUAUCACAACUGACAGCUCUAUGAAGUGGCUCAUCACGUGGAUAUUCAUAGCAGCAGGCAAAUCCUCUGAAUGCAAAUUGAUUCUAAAUGUGGAGGGGAAAACGCGAGGAACCAGGAAUAAAUCCACGCUACCACGGGGAGAGAGACGCAAACUCUGAAAGAGAGCGACAUGGAUCAGUGGGCUUUACAUGGUGAAAUACAAUUCCUUUAACAGUUUCAAUAUUCUACUAAACCAUACUGCUGUGUCCUGAGGAAAGUGCUGUUAGCGAUCAGCAGCAUCAUCUAUGAAGGCCGGCACGGCACACAAGGGGGUGAGUGGCCAGCACCACGCCGGUCGCCUUUGUCUCCCUCGUGCCGAAUGUUUACACAUCACAUCAGCAGAGGGCCGUACAGCGUGAACUUUUGUUGUACUGCACCUCUACGCUUCUAAGUUCACGAUCCCCACCAUCGCCAACGCGCCUUGACGAGAGCGGUGAAGUAUGGUCAAAUAACCCCCCCCCCGGACGCGCAGUGCAGGGAGGCGCUCAUCCAGCAGAGGAGGGACACACAAUGUAUGUUUGUGGAUGUGAGAGUGUGCGAGGCUUGACGCAGAGUCUGUGUGUGGAUGUGAGAGUGUGCGAGGCUGUGGUGGCUGUGGAACAGGCGUUGUGUUUGUAGAGAGACGCUGUGAGAGUGGCGUUCACAUCGUGAUGCUGGCAUCAUCACCACUGUUCACUACCACUGCAUACACACACAUUGUCAUGUUAGUGUAGCACUUUUGCUAAUAUUUAUUAUUCACUAAUUAUUAUUCACAAAUUAUUCACUAAUUAUUAUUCACUAAUUAUAAACUAAUGUGUACACUACUAACCAAUAUUAGCAUAUUUACACUAAUACUAAGGAAUAUUAGUACAUGUACACUAAUACUAACGAAGAAUAGUAUAUGUACACUAAUAUUAACGAAUAAUAGUAUAUGUACACUAAUACUAACGAAUAUUAGUAUAUGUACACUAAUACUAACGAAUAUUAUUGUGUACACUAAUACUAAUGAAUAUUAGUAUAUGAACACUAAUACUAACGAAUAUUAGUAUAUGAACACUAAUACUAACGAAUAUUAGUAUGUGUACACUAAUACUAACGAAUAUUAGUAUAUGUACAAUAAUACUAACGAAUAUUAUUGUGUACACUAAUACUAAUGAAUAUUAGUAUAUGAACACUAAUACUAACGAAUAUUAGUAUAUGAACACUAAUACUAACGAAUAUUAGUAUGUGUACACUAAUA